AUGAUUAAAAUUUGUAAUAAUAAUAAUAGAUUAAUAAUUAAAGAUGUUUUUAAAAAUAUAAUUACCUCUUUUAAUAUAAAUAUAUAUUCAGUUAAUAAUAAUAAUUAUAAUAAUAAUAAAAAACGUUUUUAUGGUAAAUCAAGAAAUAUAUUUGAUGACGAUGAUGAUGAAGAGGAAUAUGGAGAAACAAUAGAAAAUAUUCAAGCCAAAAGAGAUCAUGAAUAUAGAAUGAGAAAUAAUCAACCAUUUAAAGGAAAAUAUCAUAGUUCAGUAGUUGAAGAUCUUACAAAAAAAAAAAUUUCAAAAAAUUCUUAUCGACCUGUGAAAUUUACAGAUGAAGAUUGGGAAAUAAUUUUAGACCAAGAAUUAGAAAGUCACCAAAAUAAAAUGGAAAGAAAUUUUUUAAAUGAAGAUAUAACAGUUGAAGAAGAGUCAAGUAUAAAACCAGUAAUUUUAAAAUCAAAGAAUGAAGAUAUUAUAGAGGAUGAUAAAUUUUCAUAUAAAGAUCUUACAGAUGAAGGUUUUGAAUUACUUUUAAAAGAAAUAUUUAAAAAUAAACGUACUGGUGAAUGUGAUUUAGAUGAAGAGGAUUUAAUUGAAAUUAAAAAAAUGUUAGUUGCUUCAACCUCACUAAAUGUGGUAUUAGAUGCAAUGGAAUCUUCAAAAAAUCCUAAUAAUUUAAAUAUAAAUAGAAAUAAAGAUGAAUAG